AUGCUAAACCUUGCGGAAACUACACUGGGGGAGACGGAGAAGGGUCUCCCAUCUCCCUCAAUCCUCGGCGUCUCGGCAAGAUACCGAUCCAUACAUCGCCGCAUUUUGCGAAACUUACUACCGAGUUUUCUUCUUCACAACUCCACAGCUGCACGAGAUGAGAUACGUCCGACUGAUUUCCUCGACGGCAUGCGCGGCUACGCAGCUUUCAUCGUCUACUGCUGCCAUUUCUUCAUGCCGACCCAUCCUCAGGCGACCCGCGGUUUCAAGGGCUACAACAGCGAUGAAGACCACUGGUUCACUCAAUUACCUAUCAUCCGGCUAAUCUACAGCGGCCAUGUCAGCGUCUCCCUCUUUUUCGUCAUCUCCGGCUUUUCUAUCUCCUUGAAGCCACUAAAACUUAUCCGCAAUGGAUCCUACAGUGCUUUCCUCGACACCAUGGUAUCUGCGAUAUUCCGUCGACCCUGCAGACUCUACCUACCAUGUUUAGCCACACUAGCAAUUACAUUAAUAGUUGCAUGUUGCGGCGCCUUCGACUUCUCAUACGCUCUAACAAAGAACUGGCCGUUUCUCAGCAAACCACUACGGAUACCAAUCGCGCACCACUCGCUCUCGAAGCAGUUCGCCGACUGGGCGGGUCAGGUGUGGACGUGGUCCGAUCCGCUUGCGCGACGGACGCGACACCCGCCUUACGGCGUGCAACUCUGGACCAUACCCAUUGAGCUCAGCUGUUCCUUCAUCAGUUUCCUCGCGCUCAUUAGCUUCGCGAAGGUGCGGCCAGCCGUACGGAUGAGCAUUACCACAGUAAUCGGGGUGUACUUCUUAUUCCAGAAUCAUCCAGAGGCUACGCUCUUCCUUGCGGGCACUACGCUGGCGGAAUUGUAUCUUAUACGCCAAGAGCUUGCUGUUUCAGCGCCGAGUCGAAGUACAGAGUCCCGCAAGCAAAAGAUACAAUCGAGUUUGCUGUUCGGGUUUGGACUGUUUGUUGCGUCUUAUCCUGCUGCCGAGGGUGAGAAGGCACUCUUUUCUGCGCCGCUCCACUACAUCGCAAGCACGCUGUUUGGCCCAUCAAUCCGUUGCCCCAAUCUCUUCAUUACUAUGGGGACUGUGAUAUUAGUUUACGUGGUGUCUCGGUCGCCCUUCUUACAGAGCAUGUUUGCGACCCAUGUUGCCAAGUAUCUCGGUAAAAUCUCGUUUGCGCUGUACUGCGUGCAUCAGGCUAUGAUUAAUAGCUUCGGGUACAGGAGCAUGUUGUUCUUGUGGUCGUUUACUGGAAAUGAUACUGUCUACCGGUAUGAACUGGGUCUUUUCCUUUCAUGGGUCAUUCAGACGAUUGUGACGAUUUGGGCGGCAGAUGUUUUUUGGAGGUUUGUCGAUGUACCUAGUGUAGGGAUUAGUAAGUGGUUGGAGGAGCUGUGUCUUGUUAAGAGCUAG